CACGCGCACCAUGUGUAUUGCAUCGCGCAAGGGACGGUCGCCAGCAGUCGUCGUCGGAUCAGCGUCGUACUCGCACACGCGUUUUCCGAAAUCAUUGUAGUCGACGACAUUGUCGCGCCGUAACAUUAAUAUUAUUAUUCGUUUUAGUUAUUAUUAUUAUUAUUAUUAUUAUUGAUAUUAUUCACGAAGAUUUAAAAUUUUUUUUUCCAUCCUUCGCCCCGACCUCCCUUUAACGACUUUCGCUGACACGAUUACCCAUCACCACUGGACGGAAGGAAAACGGUAAUUUUUCAUCUCGAAUCGUUUUCUCCCAUCUUUGCCGUCCGAUGUGCACGGACUCCACCGAAGCACACCACCGACGACGCAGCAGCGGCCGCCGUCGCCGUUUCCGAGAUGCUUCUCCGAAAGUGGCUUCUCGUCCGCGUCCCACCGGCGGCGACGGCACUCACCGGCCACUGAUCAGCUCGGUCCCGCAGCCACGACGACCGUUGUUGUCGUACUAAAGACAUUCUAACAGCACAUCACCGUCGCGAGAACCAUGCACCAAGAACAGUUCGUGUACUCAUCGACCGUGGACGUGCAGCAGUACGUGGGCCCGUACAGGUUGGAGAAGACUCUGGGCAAAGGACAAACAGGAUUAGUGAAGCUCGGCAUUCACUGCGUUACUGGGAAAAAUGUAGCAAUAAAAAUAAUUAACCGCGAGAAGCUAAGCGAAUCGGUGUUAUUGAAGGUGGAAAGGGAGAUUGCAAUAAUGAAACUCAUCGACCAUCCGCACGUGUUGGGCCUGUCAGACGUCUACGAAAACAAACGAUACCUAUACUUGAUACUGGAACACGUAUCCGGUGGCGAACUUUUUGACUACUUGGUUAAAAAGGGAAGGUURACGCCCAAAGAAGCUAGAAGAUUUUUUCGACAAAUCAUCUCUGCGUUAGACUUUUGUCACAGUCAUUUAAUAUGCCACAGAGAUUUGAAACCGGAAAACUUGUUGCUGGAUGAAAAGACCAACAUCAAAAUCGCUGACUUCGGUAUGGCGUCCUUGCAGCCCAACGGCAGCAUGCUAGAGACCAGUUGUGGUUCUCCACACUACGCGUGUCCUGAAGUCAUCCGAGGUGAGAAAUACGACGGGCGGAAAGCGGACGUUUGGUCUUGUGGUGUAAUACUGUACGCACUGCUUGUCGGYGCGCUACCAUUCGACGACGACAACUUGCGCCAACUAUUGGAGAAGGUGAAAAAAGGCGUUUUCCACAUACCACAUUUCGUGCCGCCGGAUUGUCAAAACUUGCUUCGUGGCAUGAUUGAAGUCAACCCGGAAAAACGGUUAACCUUGAAAGACAUAAACAAACACUCAUGGGUAAUCGCUGGAGGUAAAGGAGAAGUGCACUUAGGUAUGUCAAUGAUAGACGUCAUACAAACCCACAUAAUUCCGUCCGCAAAUGACUUAGACACCGACGUUCUUCAAGCCAUAUCAAGUUUAGGUUGUUUCAAAGACCGGGAAAAACUCAUCGCCGCUUUGUUGAGUGUCGAUCAUAACACUGAAAAAGUGAUUUAUUUCCUAUUACUCGAGCGCAAAAAACGACGACCAGCUAAUGAGGACGACACGGUUGCAGUAAAAAACACCAAAAACAGCUUCGAUCCACCGAAAAAGCGAGUAGAUACGUGUAAAAUGAUUGAUGACAUCGAUAGUAAUUUUUCUCAGAUCAGUGCUGGAUCUCCUGCUACGCCUCGAAAACAAAUGUUGCAAAAUCGCAUCUACUACAGGAGAGGCAGUUACAACAACGUAAGUUCCACGGGCGGCAACAUGUGUGGCGGUUCAAGCUUGGCAAGUUCCUCGACCUUAGCUGGAAUAUUAUCACCCCUUCCACAAAGGUCAAACAACUCAAACUAUCGUUAUCACAAUCACCACAAGAGCCAACAGUCAAAGAAYUCGUCGAUUUCGCCGCACGGCAAUUACAUUUCUGCGCACAACCAAUCUUUGGACACGAACAGCUCGUGCUCGGCAGCCGUACCUCCGUCGCCCGUGCACCACGCUAAGCAGGCAAAAGUCGAAGUACCUUCGUCUCCAAACCACAUGGUCAUCUGCACGCCUCCAGGGUCGCCACAACACCUGUCCAACCAUUGGAAAUCGAGACUCACGUCGAUCCGCAAUAGCGUACUCGGAUCGCCGAAAUUCCACCGACGUAAACCUCAAAUCGACAUGGACACGCCGUAUAAACCGACACCGGAAUCCUCUCCGGAACUAACAAAAAAAUCGUGGUUCGGAAGUUUGAUGGCUUCUGAGAAAGACGAAACGUUCACUAUUUUGAUAACAGGAAAACCGUUAUCCACUGUGAAGGCUGACUUAAUCCACGCUUUGCUUUCGAUUUCCGARUUGAGCCACACAGUAAUCAAUGCACUGUCGUUCCGGGUUGAAUACAGACGUGGAUCCGGCGGCACGGCGAUGUUUCAGAGGCAAGUGCGAUUCCAAAUCGAUUUAUCGGACGUCACGAACACGCAUUCUCCCAGGGACUAUUUGUUCGCCAUCAUAUUUACGUUGCACUCCGGUAAUAUAAGACGUUUCCGGAGGGUAUGCGAACACAUUCAGACGCAAAUGUGCGCGAGAAAAGCGCCGUCUUCGCCUCGGGCGACCAGAAAGUUUAACACGGACUUAUCGGAAAGCUCGAGUUGUGGAUCAGAUACGUCCGAGAGAUUAUCGCCAUACGUAAAUAUAAGAAACGUCGAAUCGGACAGAGACGACAAGAAUAAGAGACUGAUCAGCCAUCAGGACGGCAAAGGCGGUUACUGCAUCCCGAACAGCCGGCAAAGGCGGCGAAGUUCGAGUCUGGCCAACAACAACCACUUCAACAGCAGCAACAACAAUUCAAUGGCCAACGCGCCGCAGCCAGCAGCCAAUGGCCGCAACGAAGCGCCGCCGCCGACGAGAUCCAACAGCGAAACUAAAUCGGCCGACGGCGCCUAUAUAUCGGUAUCGGGAUCGAUGUCUUGAGGCCGACAACCAUAAAAAAAUAAUAUUGUUAUAUUGUAAAACUAUAUUAUAUUCCAAUGUUUCUUUUUUGGAUCAGUGCAAGCCCGGAUUAAGAGGUGAAGGGGGCGAGCCCACAAGACUUGAAAUUUUCUUUUUAUAGGRGCCUCAAUUGUUCGCUAUAAAUGUAUGAUAUUGUUACCAUUGUCUACUCACUUAUUAAUAAAUAAUGUGCGUAAAAGCAAAUACUUAACACCUUUGAGGUUUAAUAUGAAUAAAAAUAUUUGUUCUAAGACAAAAUUUAGAUUCUGGAAAUCAAAUAACAUUUAUUACUUAGGUGCGAUAUGAUACGAAAAAUUGCUUCAACUAAAGCUAGAAAUAAUGUUUAAAUUGAAUAUUAAUACGACGAGUUCUGUAUUUUAAUGUUUUAUAAAGGCGAGAAUUGAAUUAUGGAAAAAAUGUUUAUUAUUUCACACGGGAGUCUAAAUUAUUUGUCCCUGAGAACUCAAAAAUCUUAAUCCUGGCUUGGAUUAGUGUACAUGUCGUAUAAUAUUAUUAUAUUAUUCUACUGGGUUACUGUAAAAUAUUAUUAUUGUAUAUUCGAUAAAAUUAAUGAAAUAAAAUAAUGUUCGAUGGUCUCAUGGAAUCUGUUGGUGUGAUAAUAAUAUCAUAAUUAUUAUUGUUACAUAAACAUGUGUAUAAAUCCAAAUACCAUUUGACCAUAUUAUGAUAUAUAUUAGCAUGUGUUAGGUAUAAUAUGUUUUUGUAUUGAUCGUUUAUUAUUUACGCUUAGUGCACGAGCARCAGCAAUGCACAAUUAUUAUUAUUAUAAACCUAAUAUUAUUAUUAUUGUUUUUGUAGAUAGUUGUUUUAGAUUCUGAGCGGGA